AAAACCAAUAGCCGUUAAAGACAACAACCUCGUAACUCACACAUAAUAACAUUCUCAAUCGGAGAGUGUGAUAUCAGUAACUCAUCAAACUGUUAAUCUUUUCAUCACAAUUUUCACAUACCCUUUUCCUUCAAUGGCGGAUCAGACCCAAAAAGCUGAGAUCUUUGAACUCAACAAUGGAACCAUGCAGCUCCUUGUUACCAAUCUCGGUUGCACUAUCAUCUCCUUCUCUGUUCCUGGCAAAGAUGGUGUUUUAUCCGAUGUUGUUCUUGGACUUGACUCUGUUGAAUCUUAUCAGAAAGGUCUUGCUCCUUAUUUUGGCUGCAUCGUCGGUCGGGUAGCGAACCGGAUUAAGGGUGGAAAGUUCACACUUGAUGGUGUUGAGUACUCUUUGCCUCUCAACAGACCCCCAAACAGUCUCCAUGGUGGAAAUGUUGGAUUUGAUAAGAAGGUAUGGGAAGUAAUUGAAUAUAAAAAAGGCGAAACUCCAUCGAUCACUUUUAAGUAUGACAGUCAUGAUGGGGAGGAAGGUUAUCCUGGAGACAUCACUGUUACCGCAACUUACACGCUCACCUCAAGCACGACUCUGAGGCUCGACAUGGAAGGAGUGCCAAAGAACAAGCCAACCAUCAUUAACUUAGCUCAACAUACCUAUUGGAACUUAGCCGGCCAUAACUCAGGGGAUAUACUUGACCAUUCAAUUCAGAUAUGGGCUAACCAUGUCACUCCUGUGGAUCAGCAUACCGUGCCGACCGGCGAAAUCAUGCCAGUGAAGGGUACACCUUUUGAUUUCACAUCUGAGAAGAGAAUAGGUGACACCAUUAAUCAAGUUGGAUUAGGAUAUGAUCACAAUUACGUACUCGAUUUUGGUGAAGAGAAAGCAGGUUUGAGACACGCUGCAAAAGUAAGGGAUCCGUCGAGUUCAAGGGUACUUAACUUGUGGACAAAUGCUCCUGGUGUGCAAUUUUACACUGCAAAUUAUGUCAACAAUGUAUCAGGAAAAGAAGGUGCUAUAUAUGGAAAGCAUGCCGGAUUAUGUCUUGAGACACAAGGAUUCCCUGACGCUAUAAACCAGUCGAAUUUUCCGUCUGUCGUGGUUCGACCGGGUGAGAAGUAUCAACAUUCUAUGUUGUUUGAGUUUUCAAUUGAAUGAAAUAUUGUUGGAGAGUUGGAGUGAGUAGUGAAAUAAGGUAGACUUGUUCUGCUUAUUAUGGCUUUUUAGAACCUGAAAACUUUGGUUGCUCCUAAAAUUGUUACUUGUGUUUAAAUAAUUGUCUGAAGGGUUGAGUCAGUUUUAUGAGCACAUCAUGGGCUGUUUUAUUUUAUAACUCCUAAAUUUAGACAUCAUACAGCGAAAUUAAUCCGCUAAAUAUUCAUUUUUCUAA